UAAUAGUACCUGCCAAAACAAAAUGGAGAAAAAUAGCCAUCUCCCUCUACUCUUCCUCCUCCUCUUCAUAUCCAUCAAAGUCAUUCCGGCCGCCGCUGCUGCGGCCCGGCCAAGCGCCAUAUACGCAUUCGGCGACUCCCUUCUCGACCCCGGCAACAACAACAAGCUCCCCACCGUCUGCCGCGCCAAUCACAAACCCUACGGGCUCGACUUCCCGGGGCGAAACCCCACCGGAAGGUUCACCAACGGGAAGCUCCCCGGGGACAUGCUCGUCUCCGCUUUCCGCAUCAAGGACGUAUUGCCGGCCUACGCCGACUCCACGGUCGACGUCUACGGCCUCCUCACCGGCGUCAGCUUCGCGUCCGCCUGCUCGGGCUACCACGACGUGACCGCGGCCGAGGUCGGCGUCCUCAACUUGGACAAACAGUUCAGAAAUUUCGAAAGGGCGUUUGUGAAAAUGGAAGAGAGAUUUGGGCUUCCAAGGGCAACGGCCACGGUUGGGAAUUCGUUGUUUAUUAUAUCAGCAGGGUCAAGUGACAUGAUUGAUAAUUACUAUUUGUUGCCAACCACUAGGGCUAAGUACUCCCUACCUGCCUACCAUGACAUGAUGCUCAAUAACCUAGACACUUUGGUUAAAAAAUUGUACAAGGCCGGUGCCAAAUAUUUAGCUAUCAUUGGACUUCCGCCGCUAGGGUGUCUACCUUUGGACACCACUGUCUUUUCGCAGUCGUCGCUAUCGCCGUCAGCGGCGCCGCAGAAGAAUGCAAAUUUGACCGGUGACCUUUUAAGGCGGGAGUGCAAAGCGAAGCACAACAAGGACGCAACGGAGUACAACGCGAAGCUCCAAGUUCGAGUGAGGAGGUUGAUGGUAGCAAUGCCAAAGCUCAAGGCUAUUUAUAUGGAUAUCUUCAACCCUAUGAUGGAGAUGAUUGACAAGCCUAAUCAAUUUGGGUUCAAGUCUACACUAGAGGGAUGUUGUGGAAGUGGUUCGGUGGAGUUGGGGCCACUUUGCAAUGUAGCCUCAGUUUCAUGUAAUGUUCAUUCGGAGUAUGUGUUUUGGGAUUCAAUUAAUCCAUCAGAAGCUGCUUACAAAGCUCUUACAAAUAAUUUCAGAGCCAGACCACUUCGUCGUCUAUUCCCUAGCUCUGUUUGAGAAUUAAAUAAUGAUAGCUAGCUAUUAGAUAAUAAUAAUAAUAAUCAUUCUUGGUUACUCUUUUUGAUUAAUUUGUUCAAGCUAGUUAGCUUCAU